AAUCACAUGAUCUUAGAAAUCUCCGUGGAGGAAUCACCUUUUCUGUCAUUUUGGUGAAUUUUAAGGGAAAGUAGUCGUUUGUUUUGACCCUCUAAGUACACGGACGAGUAGAAGACUACAUCAAGAUGGCGCUGAGUGACGCAGAUGUUCAGAAACAGAUCAAACACAUGAUGGCCUUCAUUGAGCAGGAGGCCAAUGAAAAAGCCGAGGAGAUAGAUGCAAAGGCUGAGGAGGAGUUUAACAUUGAGAAGGGUCGUCUGGUCCAGAUGCAGCGCGUCAAGAUCAUGGAGUUCUAUGAGAAGAAGGAGAAGCAAGUUGAGCAGCAGAAGAAGAUCCAAAACUCCAACUUGUUGAACCAGGCCAGAAUGAAGGUUCUUCAGGCCAGAGAAGAUCAUAUAAAGCAGAGUAUCCUGGAGGAGUGUCGGCAGAGGCUGGGCGAGGUCACCAAGAACCCGGUGAAGUACCGGCAGGUGAUGGAGGGUCUGAUGGUGCAGAGUCUGUGUCAGCUGCUGGAGCCGGCCGUCACACUCAGAUGUCGACAGGUGGACGUCAAACUCGUCAAGGACUUGACACCACAGGUGAUCACUACCUACAAGCAGCUGACUAAAAAGGACUGUAAAAUCACCGUAGAUGAACAGAACUUCCUGGGAUCUGAUGUGUCUGGAGGUAUAGAGUUUCUGUCUCCUAACAACAGAAUCAAGGUCACCAACACACUGGAGAGUCGGCUGGAGAUGAUGAGCACACAGAUGAUGCCAGAAAUCCGGACAACGUUAUUCGGGUCCAACCCCAACAGAAAGUUCAUGGACUAGGAAGUAAGGAGUCAUCUGUUCCUGCUGACAGUCUCUUCCAGCUGUGCAAUACUGAGAUAUUUCAUCAACACCCCUGUUUACUUAUUGGAAUGGUCCUUUUCUGACAAGUUCUAUGUGUGUUGGUCGGGUCAUACCAACCAGAAUAGGGAUGGUCAUUAUGUAUUGUGGACAGAUUGUUAUUUAAUAAUAGAGCUGAAUUGUUGAGUUUGAAAGAUUGGAAGCCUUUGAAAAAUAUUGUAAUCUACAAUGUGAUUAAAAAUUUCUGCCAUCUACUACAUAUAAUUUUUUAUUUGAACAAGUUGUUGAUGAAAAAUUAAGAUUCCCCUAGAAAUAUGACGGCUUCCAAAAAUUGAAUAUAAACAUCUUACUUGUAGCAGCAUUUGUUAGUGACUAAAGUAUUCUACAAU